GGUAAAAAAAAUAAAGAGAAAAAAAAUUAUAUAUGGAAAGAUGGGGCACUCAAUUCAUUUGCAAAAUUUCCCUCCCUGAUUCACUACCGCCCCUUUUCUUCAGCAGUUCCGCAUAUGCUUGUAAUCUUGAGUUAAAGGAGGCCACUUGUUCCUUUAUUCUAGAAUGGGUGAAAAAACAUUUGAAGAUGGUGGCCAAAAGGUUUUAGGCAUUGAGAUUAAUCCUUCUCUGGACAAAUCAACUGAAGGAACCAAAAAUUCAGGCAAUAAUAUUGCAUGUAUGACACCAGAGAAAGCAGAUGAGCACUUGAAAGGAAAAUUGAAGGAAGAAGGGAUCAAACUACAAGAAAAAUGCCAAACAAUUGUAGAGUUUUUUACUUGCUUGACUUCCUCAGUGAGGCUACUUAGAAUGAGAAAAAAGUUGUCUACCUUUCACAAUGUAUCCUGCCAGGUGUCGGUGAUGACGAAAAGAAAGUUUUUGGACAGACAUCUAGCACAAAUAGUAUAUAUCAUUCCAGAAGCUGUGAAUAUUGAUAAAGUGAUGAUUCAUGACAAGAAGACAUUAUGCAUGAAACCAGAAAUGAUAAUCAGUCUUCAAUUAGAUAUUGUAAAAGGUCACUUCGAGCAUUCUGAUUUUCUGGCAUUACACAAAGUUUUUGCCUCAAGGGUAACAAAAUACUUUGUCAUGCAUCCAGAGAAAAGUGAAGUUCCAGAGGGGACAUUACCAGAGCCCUUCAACCGGAGAAAAAUGUCCUCUCUUGAUCAAUCGUCUGAUAAUUCUUCACAACCAAUAUCCAUUGAAACUGAUUUAUCUUUGGAAGAACUUCGUCCACAUUCAUCCUUCAAGAGACAUUUCUCUAAGAAAGCGGUUUCAAGCACAGAGACAUCAGAAUCAGUUGCAUCUUCUAUUGUUGGUUUGCCAUCCACUCCAGCUUGUAGCCUGAAAGAGGAGGAUAUUAAUGAUAAGUUGCUUGAAGAAAUUCCAACACAGUCAAUCUCUCCUCAAGUUGGUGCUGCUAAUUCUUCUGAGAGUCCUCUUGGCAAGCUUGCAUCUUCUGCUUCUAGCACCAUAAUGACACAAACUCCAGUACAGUUGACGCCAAAGAGAUCGAUGCUGCCGAGUUCUGAUGUGAAAACGAGGAAACCGGCAAGCGUAGGAAGUGUAUGUAAACCUGCAAAAAGGUUCCUCAACUUUUCUGGCAUGGAAGGUGAUAAUGGCGAGUCGAGUCUCGAUGUGGAUGAUUUGCAAUGCUAUGAAAUCCCUGAAAAGAAAAACUUUCUUGAUGAGCAUUUCCAAAAGAAGAGUAAUACUAGUAGUGGAGAAGUAAUUUGUCAAGAAUCAUCUUCUUGCUUGCCUGAAAUUGUUCGUGUUGUCUACAACAUUUUCAAGUCUGUGAAUUGCUCUUCAAUCACCAAGGAGGAGCUCGUGCACAAGAUUAUAAUGAACUGUCUUGAUAUUACUGAGAGAAGAGAAGUGGAACAGCAAAUUGAGCAGCUCGAAAAGUUGGUUCCGAAUUGGAUCUCCAAGAAAUCGACACCUAGUGGGGAUGUUACUUUUAGCAUCAACGCGAAGGAAGACUUGGAAUCGGUAUUGUCUUGAGGGGGUCACCACAUAAUAUUGUCUUGCUUUUGUUAUACUUUUACCGUUAGAUUACAACUUUUGUCCUUAUGAUUUAGAAAAAGUUAGAAUAGCUUCUAUGGUUUUAAAAGGUAGAGUUUAUCAAAUCAUUAGAUUAAAUUCUAAUGAUAAAUCAUGGAGAAUAAACUCUAUAGGAACCUAAUUUUAUCUGUACAUGUUAAUUGCAAUACCGAAUUAGUUAUUAAAGCCAUUCAGCUUUAUUUAAGUUGGUUGUUUUAUCA